AUGUCUUCUAUCAAAGAGCUCAGCGAAAGAAUCGCCAGCAACUCAGCUAUUGUCGAGAAAUGGCUCGCGGGCAAGAAUGCCAAUGUGUCUUUCGAUCAGGAUGCGGAGGAUGAAUUCCCCGACACUGAUGGUGAACCUGAGAUUGAAGCAGCGCGGAUGGCGGUCAUAGAUGACACGAGUGCGCUCCACGAUUUGUUUCUUGGUCCACGAGAGGUUCUGGCUCGGGUUUGGGGUGCUGCUCUUGACAAUGCGGCUCAACAGGUGAUCUAUCACUUCAACAUUCUUCCUGCAAUUCCACUAGAUGGUGGGGCUACUUAUGCGGAAAUAUCUGCAAAAGUCGGUCUGUCCGAGAGAAAAGUCAAAACGGUUGUGCGCAAAGCAAUGUUGAAUCGGAUGCUGCGAGAGGAUGGCCCGGACCAUGUUGUUCACACCGCCUCGUCAGCCCUGCUAUUGCGCAACCACAAUAUGAUGAAUUACUACGGUUUCUUCGUCGAGCAGAUGUUUCCUGCCAGUGCAAAACUAGCCGAGGCGCUGGAGAAAUAUAAAGAUAGCACCGCUGCACAAGAUACCGCAUUUGGUCUUGCCUUUAACACGAAAGAUGGUUUAUUCAAAUACCUCGAGCAAAGCCCCGAGUUAAUGGCUCGAUUCGUCGGUGCGAUGGAGGGUGUUAACAAGGAUCCUAGUCAGAGUCAAAAGCACGUUAUAACGGGAUAUCCAUGGGCAGAACUUGGAGAGGCUACUGUUGUAGAUGUUGGUGGCUCGUCCGGAUUCUUGAGUGUAGAACUUGCCAAGAAUUACCCAAAGCUGAACUUUGUGGUAGAAGACUACAAGAAGAAUGUUGAGCAAGGAGCUGCACAGUUGUCAUCCGAAUUGACCAACCGAGUCAAGUUUGUGCCGCACAAUUUCUUCGACGCCCAGCCGGUAACAGGUGCAGAAGUCUAUGUUUUGCGUCAUAUCUGUCACGAUUGGUCGCAUGAGAAUAGUGUCAAGAUUAUUCGUCAGAUUGUACCGGCCAUGAAGUCUGGAAGCAAGAUUCUGCUGGUCGAAAUUGUCGUUUCGCCAUCGAACAGACCAAUGUCGAGUAUUGCAGAACGCUACCUGCGAAUCAGGGACCUUAAUAUGGUUCAAAUGCUGAAUGCACAGGAGCGAAGCGAAUCUGAAUGGAGGGAGAUCAUCACCGAGGCAGAUUCCAAUCUUGAGUUGACACGCAUUCUCACGCCCAAUGGAAGUACGGACUCAAUCAUUGAGAUUUCGUUGAGGCAAAAUUGAGGCAGAAAUACAUUGAUGACUGCUUUUGUGUUAAGGCUCUCAACUUAGAGGGGCAUUUGUGGUAUAUAAAUAUAAUUCAUGGUAGUUUUGGUGAUGACUAGGGUUUACAAUGGUCCGUACUGCGGUGCAACAACCAGGAGAUUCCAAUCGAUAGACUAUCCAAGCAGUUUGGAACGCCCGCCUCGUUUCGGAUGUUGCACUGAUUUCAAAUAUUGAGAAGUUGCACCCGACCUGCUGGUCUGAAUUAUUGACCGAACUGGCGAUGAAUCAAUGGAGGGAUUUUCAUGAGCCAGAACAGUCUUGAUUCCAAUUCAAUGGCCCAACAGUAGCUAUCUCCACAAUUUAGGCUAGUCUAUAUACUCAAAAAGCUUUCCCUCAAUCUCAUAUUUUCAAUGAACAGAAUCAUGAACGUUGUAUCAUGUACUCCACGUGACUUUUUACUUUUAGCACGUUACAGGAGCUAGCAUAAACCAAAAAGACG